AUGUACAAGUUGGUCGUUUUUGGUAUAUUUGCAGUUAUCGCGGCGACAUUGGCUGCAUAUGAAGAGGAGGAUAAUGUUAUUGUGAUUACAAAGGACAAUCUCGAUGAAGUGGUGAACGGCCACCAGUUUGUCCUCGUUGAAUUCUAUGCGCCUUGGUGCGGACAUUGUAAAGCACUCGCACCCGAAUAUGCCAAAGCAGCGACCGCAUUAAAGGAAGAGGGUAGUGAGAUCAAGCUUGCCAAAUGCGACGCCACUCAACACGAUACUGUUGCACAGAAGUUUGAGGUUCGGGGUUAUCCAACUUUGAAAUUCUUCCGAAACGGCAAACCAACAGAAUAUGGAGGUGGUCGUGACAAAGCUUCAAUCAUUGCCUGGCUCAAAAAGAAGACCGGACCAGUCGCGAAAACACUUGAAACAAGUGAUGAUGUGAAGGAUUAUCAAGAAUCAGCUGAUGUGGUUGUCGUCGGAUACUUCAAGGACGUAGAGGGUGCAGAUGCAAAGGCAUUCCUCGAAGUAGCUGCUCAAAUUGACGACAUGCCAUUCGGAAUCACUUCAAAGAAGGAAGCAGCUGAGCAACUGGAAGCCACCGAGGAGGGUGUCAUCUUAUUGAAGAAGUUCGACGAAGGACGUAAUGUUUAUGAUGGAAAACUCAAUUUCGAUGAACUUAAAGCUUGGAUCCAGGUGAACAGGAUGCCAGUAGUAAGCGAAUUCACGCAAGAAUCAGCAUCACUGAUUUUCGGUGGUGAUAUCAAAUCGCACAAUUUGCUGUUCAUCUCGAAAGAAAGUGCAGAUUUCGAGAAAAUCGAAAAGGAGUUCCGUGAGGCAGCCAUGCAGUUCAAGGGCAAACUUUUGUUCGUUUACAUCAACACUGACGUGGAAGACAAUGCACGUAUAAUGGAGUUCUUUGGUCUCAAGAAAACCGAUUUGCCAGCAGUUCGUCUGAUCAGUUUGGAUGAAGAUAUGACUAAAUAUAAACCCGACUUCGACGAGAUCACAACUGAGAAUGUGGUCAAGUUUACGAGUACAUAUCUGGAAGGCAAAUUGAAGCCACAUUUGAUGAGCGAGGAAAUUCCGGAGGAUUGGGACAAGAACCCAGUGAAAGUUUUGGUCGGCAAGAACUUUGACGAGGUGGCUAGGGAUCCAAAGCGUAACGUGCUUGUUGAAUUCUAUGCACCGUGGUGCGGGCAUUGCAAACAGUUGGCACCGAUAUGGGACAAAUUGGGUGAGAAAUACAAGGAUCAUAAGGAUAUAGUGAUAGCAAAGAUGGAUGCAACAGCAAACGAAGUCGAAGAUGUUAAGGUUCAGUCAUAUCCAACCAUCAAGUACUUCCCAGCAAAUUCCAAUAAGGUCGUUCAUUAUUCUGGAGAACGAACGCUGGAAGGCUUUGUGAAGUUCCUCGAGAGCGGCGGUGCAGAAGGCGCAGGGAUGUCUGAGUCGGACAAGGCUGCAGCUGAAAGUGAACGUGAAGAGGAGGAAGGCCAUACUGAACUUUAA